UCGACUUUUGACACUGCGAUAAUCCAUCAUCGACAGCGACCGACGACAGCCAUGGCCCCCUCCGACAACAAGACCGGCAAGAACAAGGCCAACGCCGCCGCCAAGGCGGUUGCCAAGGGCGCUUCGCUUCACAAGUCCCGCAAGGUCCGCACCUCGGCCACCUUCCACCGCCCCAAGACCCUCCAGCUGUCGCGGUCCCCCAAGUACCCCCGCGUGUCCGUCAACCACGGCCCCGCUCUGGACUUCAACAAGAUUGUUCUGUACCCCCUGAACACUGAGAGCGCCAUGAAGAAGAUCGAGGAGAACAACACCCUCGUCUUCAUCGUCAACGUCAAGUCCAACAAGCGCCAGAUUAAGCAGGCUCUUAAGAAGCUGUACGAUGUUGACACCGUCAAGAUCAACACUCUUAUCCGCCCUGACGGAACCAAGAAGGCUUUCGCCCGUCUUACCCCCGAUGUCGAUGCUCUUGACAUUGCUGCCACCAAGUUGGCCAUUGUCUAAGCAGGGAAUGCUUGAAAAGGGAUUUCUUAGGGUUUUGGCGAACUUUGUUUUACACUGCGGUGAUGCUAAAAUACCAGCCGGGCUGAAUGAUCAAAAAGAACAUAACUUGUGAAAGUGAAAUGCACGAUUCCAAAAGAAUCGCCGGACUUGUCGGUCCUGUAAUGGCUAAGACAUGUUCCAGAUCACGUAA